AAUGCUGACUAUCCGUAAACUUUUCGUUUCUAAAUUACUGGAAUUUCGCCCCUUGUUUUCCGAAUUUUUACGAUCGGACAAAAUCAGACGAUAGUGAUUUCGUUUAUCUCUAAGGACAUUCUAUUGGUAUCUCCGUACAGUAUGUGACCCUUACUUCCAUUCUCUAUAGGAACUAGCUCACAUAAAAGGUCAUCAUGAAGAACAAUGGCCAGUACGUCAUAUGACGACCUCCUCAAACAAUGCGAGAGUCUAAAACGCAAAAACACACAUUUGAAACGGGAACUCUCCGAUAAUUCUCUUUGUUUGACGCAGUUGGAAUAUGAGGCUUCAAACAUGAAGAACGUAUUACAACAGUUACAGAAUACGAUGGCCGACGACAAUGCGGACACUCGGCCAUCUUUGAAUCGCGAGUUUCAUAGUUUCAACAGCUUGGAUAUGCACGACCACAACUACAAUGAUGAGGUCAACUUAGAAACUACAACCAACCACCACACAUUAUUACAAGCUCCUCCUGGUGGCUUUACACAGCACCAAAACUCGCUGCUCCAACCUCCAACGUCCGGAACGACAGCUUCUAAAUCAUCCGCGCCAUCACAGGGAGGAGGAAGUCCGAAGAAACGCGGCAGGCAAACGGAAAAGGACAUUUACAACUACAUACAGGAUUUGGAUCGAGAGCGGAACCUUUACCAGGAACACAAGCGGACUGUGAAACAUGGGAAAUACAGCCUUCAUGAGUUGGCCGCUGUUAGGUCCACGUUACUUGAAGAACUAGAAGUUGAGGACCAGCAUCGAAAAUGGUACAUCGAACAACUGGGGAGCGUCACGACCCGUAUAGACCAACUGCCACAAUCAGCCAAUUAUAACCUUCAACUGGACAUGCAGCGACGUCAGCUAGAAUAUGAGGGACAGAAGUUGAGAGAUUUGAUGACAGAGAACUUGGGAUCAACAGAGGAGAUCCAACAGCGUUGUGAGGCUCGCCUUCACCGUAUACGACUGAUUGAGGCGGAGAUGCUAAGGUUUCAGAACCGGGAUAGGGAACCUCGGGUGGAAGAAGGCAAACGCGACUCUGGAACUUGUGAUCAUCUCGAAUCGGAGAAAGAUGGUAUGAUAAUGCGAGAUGUGGCAACCAAUACCAUUCAAGCACAGGAGGGCUACCACAACAGACUACAAGAGGUGGAAACACAGCCGAGUCUGAAUCAGGCAAUAGGGGGCGGGGCAAAAGAUGCAAGAUUACAGACGAUGUCGACACAGACGAGUGAAGGUUACGUGAUGGACGAAGUUGCGAUUGAGCAGGAGAUGGGUGGACGGCCGCAGGUUAAUCAGAAUCUAUCGGCGUUGUAUCACGGCGCUUGGCCGAUGCAGGAUAAAGGCCACUCACAAGAUGGCGCAUAUGGCAGUCUCCCGCACCAAGACACCUCCAGCGUCAUGAGCUUCAACUCCAGUAAUGCGUCAACGAGCCGUAGCGUGCGGUCGACAGGAGGGUCGGGGAAUCAUCAGCUGGGCACCAAGGUUGAGAUGGUCUACUCACUGCUAUCAAUGUUGGGGACACAUGAUAAGGAUGAUAUGAGUCGGACAUUGUUAGCUAUGUCAAGUUCACAGGACAGUUGUAUAGCGAUGAGGCAGUCAGGUUGCCUUCCUCUGUUGAUCCAACUCCUCCACGGCAGUGAUAAAGACUCUGGUCUCCUUGGUAACACCCGCGGCAGCAAGGCAGCCCGUGCACGGGCCGCAGCAGCGCUUCAUAACAUCGUACACUCACACCCAGAUGACAAGCGCGGGAGACGCGAGGCACGGGUUUUACGGUUGCUUGAACAGAUCCGAGCACAUUGCGAUCAGCUGCGGGAUUCGUCUGAUGAGGAGGAUGAGGGAGAUAGGAAGUCUACGACGGGAUCUACUGGUGCUACUCUUGGUGACAUCGAUCACCACCCCGGCCCUGCCAUCGCUGCUCUCAUGAAGCUGUCAUUCGACGAGGAACAUCGCCACGCCAUCUGUACUCUAGGUGGCCUCCAAGCUAUUGCUGAACUGCUACGCGUCGACCAUGAAGUCCACGGCAACACCAUGGAGCAGUACAAUAUCACCAUGCGGCGUUACGCCUGUAUGGCACUGACCAAUCUCACGUUCGGCGAUGGUACGAAUAAAGCUCUUCUCUGCUCAAUGAAGGGAUCGAUGCGUGGAUUGGUCGACCAGUUACUCUCCCCGAAUGAGGAUUUAAAACAAGUCGCAGCAAGCGUGUUGCGGAAUUUAUCUUGGAGGGCAGACUUGGCGAGUAAAAAGACAUUACGUGAAGUCGGUGCAGUUACGACUUUAAUGGCGGCAGCACUGGACGUUAAGAAGGAAUCGACUCUGAAAUCCAUUCUGAGCGCUUUGUGGAAUUUAUCAGCACAUUGCUCGGAGAACAAGGCAGAUAUCUGUGCGGUCGAGGGAGCAUUGGCAUUUCUAGUUUCGACACUUAUGUAUAAAAGUCCGUCAAAAACUUUGGCGAUUAUUGAAAAUGGCGGUGGGAUUCUGCGGAACAUUUCUAGUCAUAUUGCCGUACGAGAGGAUUAUCGUAAGAUUCUCCGCUUGCAUAACUGUUUACAGAUUCUCCUGAAACACUUACGUUCUCCGAGUUUGACAAUUGUUUCGAAUGCCUGCGGAACAUUAUGGAAUUUGUCUGCGCGUUGUCCUGAGGAUCAGCAAGCAUUGUGGGAUAUGGGUGCGGUCUCGAUGUUACGAAACCUCGUCCAUUCAAAACACAAAAUGAUAUCGAUGGGUAGUGCUGCUGCUCUAAAGAACUUACUGGCUGCCCGGCCUGCUAUGGCCAACAUUGACUCUGAUAGCAAGACGAGGUCUGGCAUGCCAACAUUACACGUGAGAAAGCAGCGCGCCCUUGAGGCAGAAAUAGACCAAAAUCUAGCCGAGACUUGUGACAAUGUUGAAUCUCCGCAGCCGUCACCCACGGAGGUCAGGCGUACUGAGAAUAAUGCGGCAAAAUACUUCUACGCCGGGACAAACUGUGGGAUAUACCAAGUUCAGGGAAGCGAACAUAAUCGCCUGUUACAGAAUCGGGUAUAUGGCGGUCGAGGGUCACGUGACUCGUCACCAAUGGCCGAGUCACGAUUACGGUCGCCUCAACGAGAACGGUCUGUGUCACGUUCAGGAAGUCAGGACUCGAUUGGAAGUACACACUCAGACGUGUCUCAUGAUCGUGGUCGCACGCAGGGUUUAAUCAAAGCUGGUUCAAGGACAAUACCCGAACGCUCAUCAUCAGGUCAUCGCUCUAGUCUUGAACGACAAAGUUCUAGUCUCGACCGCCAGAAACACCCAUCUGGUGACAAAGCAAACUCACGCAUUGUUCAAGUCAUGAAGGAAGUUGCAAUGCAUGCUGGGUUGGAACAAAAUGGUGCUCAAGAAAACGCAAGUCAUGCGCAGAAAAAUAACUUUGGCUUAACUCAGCACAUGGAGAAGUUAAGUCUCAACGAACCUGAGGGAGCUUUUGAAGAAGAUCAGGGGUCGUGGGGUUCCAAUCGUUAUCCUCCUGUGCCAAAAGUGGGCAACUAUGUCCAAGGUUCGCCCUACUUGCAACGGGCGCACCCACUACCCCCGCCAGCCGACCACAUCAAGUUCUCAGGGUACGCCGAAACUGAUCUAGACAAUAUGGAAGACCAGCCUACGAAUUUCAGUAUACGCUAUGCUGAGCAUAAUGAUGAACAUAGUUACGACCAGCCAAUCAACUACAGUACGAGAUACAAGGAGCCUGAAGCGCCACCUAGCAGUGACUUCAGGUACGAGGAAGCGCGGCGGACAAAUGAAUUCAUGGAGGAGUUCAACAGUCAAGACUCCGUGCAGACAUUCUGCACGGAGGGUACUCCAUUGAACUUUCUAUCCACAGCCACCUCCAUGAACGAUCUCAGCGGUCGUGUCAACAAAAUCUCCGAGGAAGAUGAGAAUGACCUGGCCGCUGAAGACUCGGCAGAGAAUUUCAGCGCAAAGUUUGCUGAGUUAGAAUCGCCAAACCAGAAUGUUGAUUCCAGGGUUGCCCAGGCAGCGAAGGCAGAAGAUGUGGUUAAUAUGUACGGUGAGAGUCCAGAGGGUGCUGCUGAUAAUGCACGCAAGUACAAUGUCGAGGAUACGCCCAUUUGCUUCUCUCAUGCGAGUUCCUUGAGCAGUUUGAAUAUCUCUGAGGCCAAUGACCAGAGUACAUCGCCACCUGUUGUUGAGAAGGAGAAGCCUGGUACACGGAAGUCGUCAAUUUCUACCAGUACACAAAAUUCCGGUCACGCGACGCCAGCAUCGAUACCAACAAAGACAGUCACUUUUGAUGAGCAGCGCCAUGUUGAAGAAACACCUUUGAUGUUUUCACGCUGCUCUAGCUUGGGAUCACUGGACAGUUUUGAUGCUCACUCGGUCCACAGCUCCGUUGUGAGUGACUACAGCAGACGUGCCAGUGAAGUCGUCUCGCCGAGUGACCUACCUGAUUCACCAAGUGAGAGUAUGCCACCCACACCCAGACGCUCGCAUUCCCCGAUAAGAUAUCAUGACGAGUCUGCGUUCGAGACGGAUAAGUCUACGACUACCGUUGAAACGGCUCUCCAGAGACAGACGAACACCAUCAAGGAGGAUGAUGAGUUCCAGGAAGAAUUUGUAGCAGAGUCACGAGAUGAAACCCAGGGAGAUGUCUUCAAGGAGACCACGGUUUCAUACGCAGUUGAAGGAACGCCAUUUCAUCUGUCAACAAAUGCCAGUCUGAGUGAUAUAUCAUGCUUAUCAGAGCCGGAUGAUCUGCCCGAACACCAUAAACCGGAACCAGAAUCAGACAAAUUGAAACUGGUUCCAAAACCGAAUGAGGAUAAGAAGACACAUGAAGAUCAUGGAAACUCAUCCGUAUCAGAAAUCUCUGAAGGUGAAGAGGAUAUCUUGGCUCAAUGCAUCAGUUCCGCAAUGCCUAAUAACUCGAGUCGGAAAGUACGGAAGAGUGCCUCAGAUCACAAUCUGAAGAAGAAGGCAUCGAAGGCAGAGAAACUCGCCCAGAAGGUGAAGCCGAAAGUCUCUGAUAACGUGCCCAGGUCGGAUCUGAAACAGGAGGCCACGUUACCGAUGUGUGGGAUGUCACAGAGCGUCCAUGAUGAUUUUGGCCGCGAUGAUAUCCGAUCAUAUGAUGAUAUCAGAUCGUACGCCGUUGAGGGAACGCCAAUUAAUUUCUCACGGACUGGCAGCUGGAGUGACCUGAGUAUCAUCUCUGACAUCCGUAGCAAGUCAUCAAAGACAAGUAGCCACCAUAUUGAAAAGGAGUCAGAAAUACGACCAAUCAGCAUUGCCGAAUCUGAUACAAGUUCCGUCUAUGAUGAAGAUAAUUUACUUUCUGAGGUCAUCAUGUCUGCUAUGCCAAAAACUAAGUCCAAGAAAUCAGCACAGGAGGAGGCCACGGGUCAAAGUCAGGAAUCAGCACAGGAUGAGGCCACACGUCAAAGUCAGGAAACGAAAUUUAAGGAUAAAAAUCGACAAGAACAGCGCAAUCUGGAUUCAAAGCUGAAAUCUAAAUUCCAUCCGCAGAGGACGUCAAGUGUCGCACAAGAUUCUGGAAUGACGUACGAUUCCAUCAAGUCGUAUGCUACUGAGGGUACACCUGUGCAUUUCUCAAACGCGACAUCACUGAGCGAUCUCACCAUUGACUCGGAAGCUGACAGGAAAGCUCCGAUACCCAAUCGGAUGACACAGUCAUUAAUGGAGAGACCAUCGGCAAAGAACAUCCCUCAUCUACGCUCAAACGAUGAUUCUGUCUUUUCUCACUCUGACUCACCCCCGAAGCAGCAUUAUUCUAUUGAUUCCCCGAGGCAGUUUGGCAUCGAAGGUACACCUCUGACAUUUUCACGGAACGACUCGCUGAGUUCUUUGAGCUGCGAGGAAGACGCAGACUUGCAGCGCGACAAACAACGUAUGAAGAAAGACAAGUUAAACAAACAGCAAGCAAACCUUAGUCCGAGUAAGGGCCGCGGUUUGGUGCCAUCAGGUCAAAGGUCAAAGCCGCUCACACCAAGACGAAGUGCUGAUAGUCAGAGCUUUACAACAGAGGAGCAGAAGAGUCAGUCGUCACCGGGGUCAGUUGACUUAGAGAAUAUGUCACCGCGGAGACCGGCUGUUGGCCAAUCGAAAGAUGGGUCACAAACGACGUCACCAGAUCAGCACCUCCCAUUCAACAUUGAGGAUACCCCUGCAACGUUUUCCAUGAACUCAUCACUAAGUUCGUUGAAUUCUGACGAGCAUGAAGCCCCAGCGACUAUGACAGCAUCAGCAUCACGUCAUAGCUCACGAUGCCAAGCAGAGCAUCGGGAAAAUCACCUCUUGCCUUAUAUGGUAGAGAACUCACCAGCUGCCUUCUCGAGGAAUUCCUCCCUCAGUUCUUUGAGUAUCGAGUCGAUCAACGGGGAGAACACGGACCAAGCCCUGCUACAGGAAUGUAUCACGUCUGCCAUGCCCAAACAAAAACAAAAACAGAACAAGAAGAAGGAUAGUCCGUCUGCUUCCCUGAACAACUCAAUGUCAAGGUCAAAUUCAAAUUCAAAUUCUAUGACACCAUCCAAUUCAAAUUCUAACGCUCAGGUCUCAAAAAACGGAGCAAGUCAGCUGUCAGAACACAUAAAAAGAAAUAAUGACUGUUACAGUGAUCGAGGGAUUCCAUUGGAUGAUUUGAAUCGUCCAAUCCCAUUGGACGAUUCGGAAAUGAGUCGGGAGAAUUCAAAGUCUUCGAUCACUUGUUUACCAGAGCCUUGUUAUGAAGACAGUCAUCUGGCAGCGAAGUUCACAGGGAAUUCCAGCGAGAAUUCUACCAAGGAAGGCAAGGCUUAUUUUGAGGAACACGACUCAGGUGUUGUGUAUCGUAGUCGACGUGCUCUCAGUCACGAUGACCGGCAUCCUCUAGAAACAGACGUUAACUUUUGGCGACAGUCACCUCGUCUGUCGAUGGACGAGUUAAAAUUGACUUGCAACGAUGAACGCAGCACACGAUAUGAUUGGAGGAGAACGAGGUCACAUGAUCCUGAUGAAUUCCCCAAGUAUAAAAAGGACGCCACAAAUUUGCAAAAAUAUGGUAAAGACCCGAAGGAGAAGUGGAUCAAUCUGGAACGCAUGUCUCUGACGAUCGUUUUGAAAUCUGAAAACGAUAGCGAUGAUGACGAUUUAGAUGAUGAAGAAUCACAUGUUGAUAAUCGUUUCUUAGAUUCACGUCUCGAUGAACAGGAGUUGGAGCUCGCUGAAUAUGAAGCACAGGUUGCGGAGGAUUUGGAACAAGAGAAGCAGGAUUCAUCAAAAUCUGACUCAACGGAGAUUGAAUCUGUUUUAGAGUUACGUCACCCGGGUUUGAGUCUGAUUGAAGAAGACUCGAAGGAGGUAGAAACUGUCACCUUAUCGCUUGGCGGAUCUGAGAUGUCCAGUUUAGAAAUCGAUUGCGCGCAGUUCCAGAAACGGCCAGAUGAUGACUGCACCGAGGCAUAUGGUGAGAUGACGGAGAUGGAUGACGAUUCUUCACAACAGGAGGCGAUGCCUGAUGAUUUCUCCUCGGAUUUACUAGACGAGGAAGAGGAAGGGGAAGAUGGGUUCCCAAACAUUAUGAUAGAAAGCCGUACGACGGUUAUCGAGGCUGCUCUGAAUGAUGAUGAUGAUGAUGAUGAUGAUGAAGAGGACGACUUUGAGGCUGUAUUAGAGGAUCAAGGUGACGUAGAAGUGGUGGAAAUAGAACCAGAAAAGUCAGAGACAGAAAAGUUUGAGGUCGAUCUCAUUUCCACCGAAUUUGCGGAGAAGUUAGAUUUGGAGGAUCGGCCGCCGGCAGUCGGUGAGGAAAGUUCACUGGACGUGGAGGAGGUUCUCCCCCUGGAGGAGGAGGAUGAAGACGAUGAUAUUGAAGUCAUCGAGGAGGAGGAGGAAUCUCUUUUAGAGAAUCAGACCAUCUCCCUCGCUAGUGGUGUGGAUGUUGAUAACACGGCGGUGGAUGACUUCUCUCUCAUAGAGAAACAAGCGAUUUCAUUGGUCAAUGGUCUCGGUGGUUCUGGCUCCGGCAAUGAGGACUUCUCCCUGAUAGAAAACCAGACGAUCUCAUUGGUCAGCGGCGCAUCGAUGGAAGACUCUGGCUCCUUGAUCGAGAAUCAGUCAAUAUCAUUAGUGUCCGGCGCGUCUGCCAUGGAAGACUCGUUAGGUAACGAUAUUCCAGAGUUACGCGAUGAGGGGAGCGAACACUUGGAUAAUAAUACUUACUCGAUCGACAAUGAUGUGAAGAAUCGCACUUUCCCGAUAGACAAUCCCGAUAAUAAUACGUACACAAUUGAAAAUCCCGAAGAUGAGGAUAACCACGACACGCUGAGUGAUAUGACCGGCUCCACUCUCAUGGACGAUAUGAACGACACCAUCACAGAUGAUCUGACCUUUGACCUCGAUAACGAGAUACUCUCAAAUGAUCAGAUCAACCGCACUCUCCAGAACGAGGACCAGGAAUUGGAGUUAGCGUUGGAGGAAAAUGCCAACCUGAUCUUGGGAGAGUUGGGAAUAAAGCGGGAGCUUUCAAGUAGCACAUUAGACGAGGAUUCCUUGAUUGAAAAUGAGACGAUUUCAUUGGUUGGCGAUCAUCUGACGGCGGAUUCAGACUCGGAGUCGACAGAGACGAUAUCGGUGGCAACAACACCAAGGUCUGAGCCGAUGAGUCUUGGCUCUGAAGUCACCGUGGCAACAGCACCGAGAUGCCGCCCUAGGAUUUGUAAACCAGGAGAAGGGCAGGCAUCGGAGGAGAGGUCAGUGGAGGAGGCUCCCAAGGGCAUCAAGGGCCGUAAGAAGGCCUACGGGAUACGCGCAUCACAAGCUGCAGCCGCAGCCAAACUUGCUGCCAAGCCUGACACUCCAGGAAAGAAAAUAGCCGGGCAGCGGAUCACUGCAAUAAAGGGUGGUGGUGGGAAGGAGGUGAGAACCAUCAGGAAUACAAGCCCACCAGCUGUGACGCCCCCUAAGAAAGUGAUCAAGGCGGGUCGUGGUGCGGGGAGUCCAAGUCCUGCAAAGGGCGAUCAUUCACCACAAAGAGGGGUGACACCUGGUAGGAAGAUAACGCCACCUAGAGGAGCUGCUGCAAAGAAUACAAACGUCACACCUGGCAAAUCAACCAAUCAAACAGGUGCUAAAUCGGCCAGUCAGACGCCAGGGAAGGUAACCAAUCAGAUACCUGCUAAAUCUAUUCAAACUGCUGUGAAGGAGAAACCACCUGCUGGGAUGCGUACACCGAAAGCUAACAAUACUGCUGCACCUCGUACCUCACCCAAUCAGAACACUGCUAAAUCGACCAAUCAGAAUGCCCAAAAGGCUGCCGGAGCACAACGUGGUGUGAAAAAUACGAACAGUCCGAAACCCGUCCGCAAGCUAUCAAAUGGGCAGAAAUCGUUAGGUGCUAAUUCUAAAAUUGCGUUGAAGAAGGAGUUGAAACCAGUCGUUGAUAACUCGACUGAUGAUAUCGAUGCGCCAAAACCGCUGAUAAAACAGGGAACUUUUACAAAAGAUCAACCGACGCAGAAUGCGCCAAAAAUCUCUCCGCUGACAUCACCAGAGAGUUCGGUUAUUGAUCAGAACGGGAACUGUACUGAUGACGAUACGAAAACUGAAACCAAAACUACCGAUAUCAAAAAGGUGAAAAUGGCUGAUAUUGGUGGUGAGGUUGAGUUACGUAAGCGCAAUGUUAACACGGUGACAAACAUUAUAAAUCGUUCAACGUGGACGAAGACGGUGGAUGACUUCGCAGAGCUGUCCAUACCAGAUAAGGAAGAGGAUCCGGCACUGAAGGCAAAAAAAGCUAAAAGUAACUCGAUGCCGGCGCAAAUGAAAAAGUUUGGUUCAGCGAAAAGUUUUAGCGCGUCGAGUAUAAGUUCAAAAACACCGUACUCUGAUAAGAAGUCUCGCUUGAGUUUAGAUUACGGAUCACGGACUAGCAUAUCCAGUUUAACGAAAAAUAAUUCAACGUCAAAUUUGAAAAAAGGUGGAAGUUCAAGAUCGUUGACGCCAAAUGCACGGACACCCACCGGGAGUAAUGCGAGUUUGAAUUCUGGGAGAUCGGAAAGUCCGAGUGGAAAGAAGGCGGGCAAGAAACCGAUUGUUAGCAAGAUCGCGACAUUGUGGCGUAAUGAUUCUGGGUCAGAGCAGAGCCCGCCAAGUCCUGGGACGUCAUCACCGCGGGAAAAGACAGCUGAGAAGACGCCAAGCCGUGGAUUGCGGUCGCCCAAGGUCGGGAGGAAGGCGACAACGAGUCAGUCUCCGGCUGGGCGGGGCCGGAAAGGAUCGAUACCAACAUCGAAAGAUGCCAAGGAUAAGGAGGAACAGGAGGCCAUACCACGCAGCUCAACUUACGAUAAGCUGAAAGCCUCAACCGAGGAUGAAAUCGUCCCGCACGCAGAGGAGACAGAAAAAGAUUCAAAAAUGUCAGAGAAUCUCGAAAAUGAUUCAAAACCAGCAGAUUCAAAAACUCAGUCAGAACAAAAGAGUAACAUUGCUCGUCGAGUGGUUGAAAGUGAGGCAAAGACUCCUGAGAAAACUAAAAUAGCUGAGCCCAAGACACCUCUGUCAGAACCUAAAACAGCUGUUGGAGUGCGUAAAACUGGUCUGCCUAGUCGAAUCAAGUCUCCGUCUGUCAGGACGGGUGGGCUGAGUAAGAUUGGUUCACCAAAUGUGCGAGAUAUUCUCACUGCUUCUAAAAGCCCUGUUGCCAACUCACAGGAUACGAAAAAAAACACUGAUUUGCCGCUAAAAGUGAAAAGUUUGCUUGCGAAAAGUCAGGACACAAAAAAGGAUGGUGAGACUCUGCAGAAGGUGAAAGGUUUGGUGCAAGAUUCGAAAAAAACCGUUGAAACUGCACAAAAAGUCACCAAUGCAGUGCAAGAUACGAAAAAAGACAAUGAUGCUAAAAGUCCGGUGGUUUCUUCAGAAUCAAAAAUCGCACCUCCGGUUGUCUGGCGGCGGACGCCAGAGAAACAGCUUUCUGAACCGGCACAACCGGAUGUUACAAUAACUUCAAAUAAAGUGGUGUACCGGUCAAAGUCUGAAUCCAACUCUAAAGGUCCGCGCAUAAGUUGGAAACAAAUAGCUGAACAGAACUGUGAAAAAAGUCUGACAUCACCGUCAGAUUUACUGCCCUCUAGUGGUGGCAUUGAGGAUGAGGAUGAUGAUGUGUGGGUGAAGCGCAAUUCACCAGUUUCACCAACGCAGAAAGUCAUGCAGUCAUCGUCACCAUCGAAACUGCCACUUAGUCGGUCUGUGACAUUGCCGUCACGACUUCCUGUUACGUUAACAAACACUGCAGCGGCCAAUUCCCCAACGCGGAUAGUUUCAGUCAGUAAGUUAAACGCAGCCUCGCCAAAUCGUUCAAACUCAAUCUUAAUAACUGCAGAUUCUGCAAACAAUGUCCAAAAAGAUACUGUUGGAAAGAUCUCGCCCGCGGUUGAGACAAAAACACAAAAGUUGCAAAAUCGUCAAGCGGCACAGUUAGCAAAGCGGCUGCAGCGAGAUCGCAGUUUAGAGGAAGCACAACAGGAUGUGGAGAAAACUACGCCAAAAUCUGCACCUGAGGCGGGAAAGUGGUCUCCCGCGGCAGACUUUGUACAAAAGACAGAGGAAAUGAAUAAACACAAUAAGAAAGAUAUGAAACCGAUGUCGAACUCUAUCUCAAUGUCAUCAGGUGCCAUUGCUGCUAUAGUGCCACCUUUUAACUACAAUCCUAACCAACAGAAGCAGCAGAAGACCACGUCGUUGCCAUCGCCGACGAAGGUCAUGACUAAGACGGAGAUGUUGAUCGCACGGCGGCAGACGUACUUGAACAGUUUGAAAAACUCCGAGGAGAAGACAUCUGAGGAGCAUAAAGGCUCGUGUAUGGUGACGACGGUGUAAGGCCACCUGGUGUCAGCAGUUAGAACUAUUUCAGGGCUCUUGGCAAUAUCUGUUGAUGUUUGUGACAGAGCUAAUGACGUCACCAAUCCUUGGUCUCCAUUAGCACCGUUUGAGAUAGCCUUGAUGGCCUCCAUUGUCAUUUUGUCAGAUGUUUUUGGUGCCUAGUCAGCUUCAGGUUACAUGUGUCGCCACCUGUCCUGAAAUAGUUCAACCAGAAUGCCACCUAUUGUCAUGUAGUGCAUUUAUCAUUUGAUCUCGAUGGAUUAUUUGUGUUCUGAAGCCAGUAAAGUCUGGCAGCUUUUUGAAGGAAGACGUUGUUUUCAGUCGCCAAUUACAACUUGAUCUUGUUGACUUUAUGUUUUGAAAGAGGAAGUUUUCGGUUUUGUUUUAUCUUCAUGGAACUAUGCUGUAAAUCUCUUGAUUCUAAUGUAGCUUUUUAUGGGUUUUUCUCAACACAACACCACAAAAAUAGAUAGAAAACUCACUUAAAUUGGCAGGGUAACUAAUAACAUAUGAUGGUUUGCUUCUCAGCAGUCAGAAGCCAGAACUGGAAACUGGGUUAUUUUCGUGAUUUGGAGGAAAAAGCAAACAUCUUGAAUUUCAACUCUGAUACAUUAACCUUGAAGUUUCAAGCAGUUUAGUCUACACCAAGUGAAAAAGAUUUGACUUCACGAACAUCGUCCGGUUUAUCGUAGCUUGCAAAGUUACCAAAAUAGUGAUCACUUCUGAUGAAUAGCCGUAUUGUAGCUUUAUCAGGGGGUCACAGAUGGGGAGUGGGGAGUGGUGCUUGCUUUCAAUGGACAAAAGAUGUGCUUAUCACCCUCAAUGUGAGAUAUGGGGCUGCUAUGUGCUACUAUAUGGACAAUUGCCAAAGUUUUAUCAAUUAACUAUUCAUUGGAUACCAUUUGACUUACCAUAAAUGUCAGAAUUUGUGAAAAAUAUCUUUUGGUCAGCUUUAAUUGUGCUUUGCACCCCUGUAUUUGUUAGAAUGGACUGGUCCUAAAAUGAAGUGUGUAGAACACUUCGGGUGUUCUCAUCAUUUCAUGGGGAGGUUAGGUGGACAGUUUGACAAUGUUUUGGAUGUUUUGAUUUGAAAAGGAGAUGAAUAGAAAAUGGUUUCUGUCAUCUUCCGUGCAGGAUUCCUGGAGAGGUGGUCUGUCUAGAACAGCUAUGGAUAGAUAUACCAGUCAUGUUUAUUAAAGAAAGAGAGUCACGGGCCAGAAGAGGUGCAGAAACUCUGGUCUUUUUAGGCCCUCUCAUUGUAUAGACUCAGUCACUGAGGUCACCUUUAGAGCAUUUUGAAAACUCAAACGUUUUCAGAGAAUAAAACAACAACUGUGACUCUUCUUUAUGUUAAUAACCAAAGUGUGAAUUAAACAAGUGUAAAACCUUGAAUGUUGGAAACUGCACACGAGUCGACUGUCCAGCCCUUUAGUAUCCUCCCUCCAUAUAGGCCUUCCUCAACCUGUUGGUGAAGGAUGUUUCGUCCUGCUACACGCAGAUAGGGCAGUCCAUUCUAGGUCAAGUACUGAGCUGCCGGAAGAGUUGGAGCUGAUCAUGUGGCAAACAGAAGUGAAGACAAAAAGCCAAGCGUAUUCGAGUUUGUUGCAUCUCCUUGUCAUGUCUGUCUGCUGUACUUGUUUUUCCUCGGCUACAGGGCUACCUGCGUUGCUUCUUUCUAAAGUCUAUCAAUAUUGAUGUAGAGACUGUAAACUGUUCUUUGUGAUCUCUUCACAAAUGAACAGAAGUUUACAGUUUUGUGUAAAUAACGUGUAGAUUGCGUCGGCGGUUUGGUGGUUGUAGAAAGACUUGCACGGGAGUAGUAAUCAGUAGUUCAGGUAAUGCACAAUAGGUGUCGAUGGAAUAGUUGUACAUAACCUUGGUCCAAGGUGCUUGACCAUAUGGCCAAGGUAUAGUGAAUGUAUAUGAAGUACUCGUUGGGAGUGAGGUUGAUAAAGAUAUGUUGUCAAAACUUGAAAUUGUUACGUUCUGCCAAAGUGAAAUUCUCUGGAAAUUUUUGUAUUUUUGGGCAUUUUGCGUGUUUUCAAAAGUUUUUCAUUUCUUGCGAUUUGUAGCAUGGGCUACGUUGAAUAUGAGGACGAGGAACUGGACAUGUUACCAUGGUGAUAGCUAGGUUAGGCUAUUUCAAUUGGCACAAAAUGGAACUUGACAUUUUUUCUCUCAAAAUAGCAGCAAGUCUUUGAGGUUGGCAUGAAGGAAGUGGCAGAAGUGGAUCGUCUUUUUGCUGCCGGUGUCUCUGUCCUGUCCUGUAUUGUAUGGUAUAUGUUAAGUGUCUUUGCCAAGGACUCAAUGUCAAACUAUACACAUUUGUAAAACCGUUUCAUGAAAUUCUGUACAGUAUGUUCUGAUAUAACCCUUUGCCAAAAGAUUAUUAAAUGUUAAAAAGCGACUAGGAUGUACGAGUCUAGAUAUCAUACAAUCAUGGCUAACUUAGUGUGCAUAUCAUGUCAUACCAUGAUUGGCAUAAAAUCAUGAGAUAUUAUUGUGUUCAGCUUUUACAAGUCUGUAAAUAUUAUAGCCUAUCACCCCUAAGUUACUCAAUGAGAUUGUCCAAAUCCACCAGUUUUCUAUACAUCGGAUGAGUCCAUUUGAGUAUUUGAGGGUAGAAUUAGAAUGAGAUUGAAUGGCAUAAUUUUACAAUGCAAGUAAUGUGCUACAGCCGUGUAACCAAUGUUGCUUAUUGAUCAAACCUCGUCCCCAGGUGUAAUACUCAUGCUUGAUCAGUGUCGAUAUGGGACAAGGUUAAUAUCUACGAUCAAUGUUUAGGUUGGGUCGUCUGAAGAAGAUACGUCCACCAUCACGUCAGCAACGUCUCAUAAAUGCCAGUCAUUGUUGUGUAUUCAAUAAUUUCUUAGUAAAUUGGGCAAAGUCAGCCCUGUAAAAUGCUGCUAGAAUCAGCCGGCCAAAUGUUACAACGGAACAUCAUUUCAUUUUCUUUAAUUCUCUUCAAUUACGGGUAACCAAUGUAGGUGUCAACAUUUUGAAUUUUGUUGUCCGAAGUUUUGCAUUGUAACUCAUCAAAAUGUAUAAAGUGGAAUUUCAUUAAAAUUUGCUAGAAAUAUUUGAUGAAACUAAUUUUGCUUAUCAUUUUAGGCACAAUUUAGGGAAUUUGACAUUUAUACGUGUGAUGUGUGAACUAAUGUAAAAUUGAAAUUUACUUGAGAAACCAUACAAGCUUGUGCUGUAUGUAAAAUCAACAUCUAGUAAAACAUGAUGAGAUGUCUCAUAAGUGCAAUGUAAAUCAUGCAGAAAGUUCAAUUGACUUAUUUAAACUACUUAGACUGCACUCCGGUGAAAACUUGACAUGGUUUUACCGAGAUAUUGUGUUUGUUCCACAACACACCCUGGACAGCUGCAUAUGAUAGUGUACAUCAAUGUAGGCAAUUUGCGACCAACUUAGGGUAAAAAUACACUCAAUUUUCUUUGUACGAUUAAAUUAUUUUGUAAGGUACGUAUCAGGGAGUUGUCUAUCACCGGGAUAGUGACCCAUGCUGGAGUAGAAACCAUUUGAGUGAUUGAGAGAUGUCAACGUUUUCAAAAGCACAGUUCAGCAUACUUUAGAGCUACAAAAAAUCAGAAAAGAAAUGUACCUUUAAAAAACAACCUUGGAACAGGUGGUUCUCGACCUUUCCAAUCGAUGGUCAUCAUCUCGACCGGUUUUUGGCACUUUUUAAACUGCUGGGAGAUUUUUCUGGGCGACAGACUGACCAGCAGGACCAGUGAGUGAAUGGCCCUGCCAAGUAUUGUUGAUGAAGAGGGCAGGACGUUAUUCAAAACUCCCUCAAUCUUUGCACCGAAGGACUGAGUCUCAGCGUUGAAAAACAUGUACAAUUUCCCAAUUUCUCAUCAGAGGUUUUUAAUCUGACUUGGUGUUCUGGUGAAGCACCUCUGCGGCUUUGAGAUGUACAGUUUGUGUCCUUCUUGCUUUGAAAUUUGCUUUUCUCGACUGCAACUCAAGUUCAGUUUAGAGCAAACCACAUGUAAGAUAUACUGAGUGUUGCAAUAAAUGUUGCACCAGUUUCACCCUGUACUUGCUACGUAUCAAUGAUUAUACUGUGAGUUGCUCUGAACCUGGCUUGAGAUGUAUUCUAGUGACUCGGGCUGAGUUUACAGUAGGUAGGGUGUAUAAAUAUACUGGGUGUUGCCAAAUAUUUGAGUUCAUUUUGGUAUUCCUAGUAUUCAUUGUGUACAAAUAUGCAGUGCAUGUCAAAAAGUGUCUACAUUGGUACACCCUGUAUAAUUGUAACAUAUGCAGUGUGUGUUAACAACAGAUUUGCAUUUAUUUUGGUUGACCCAGUACCACAUGCACUGUGGCCUGCUCUAAACUUGGCUUUGGACUUAUUCUAGUGACUUAUGUUCUGAACUUAAUGCAUUUGGAGCAUCUAUAGAUAUACAUGUUCUCCUAUUUAUUAAAGAUAGUCAUAUUUA